UGAGUUUCAAAAACUUUUUUAUUUUUUUUAUUUUGGAGUUUCAAAAGAAAGAAAUGAGAAAAGCUAAAACAAAUUUUGGAAGAAGCAUGAUGUUUAGUUGGCUUCUUGUGCAAUAACCAUAACCAUGUCCCCUACUCCAAAUUUCCUUCACAUGCCACACCCCAACCUCUGCAUUUCCCGCAUUCCCCAAUCUCACGCCUUCACCCGCAACUUCAACAACCCCAAUACCCGCUUUCUCUUCCAGGUUACGACCCCAAAGACCCGUUGCCGACUCGCCGCAUCGGAGAGCAAGGAAGAUGGUUCUGGGUUCCAGAAAGUUAUCGGGAAACGGCUCGAGUUCCUGGCGUCCAUUUUCCCCGGUGGGAGCUGGUGGACCUUACCGGAGCACCCGGAAGACGAUGAUGCUGAUGCGACGGCGGUGUUCCCCGCUCUCCGGCGAAUGUGGGAGUUGGUUGCCGAUGAGCAGUGGGUUGCGUUUGUGGCGUUUGGGUCACUUGUUGUCGCUGCUCUUUCAGAAAUCACCAUGCCAAGUAUAUUGGCAGCAUCAAUAUUUUCAGCACAGAGUGGUAAGACUGUUGCCUUCUCUAGGAAUGCACUCUUUUUGGUUCUUCUGUGUUUCUCUUCAGGGAUAUGCAGUGGUCUGCGAAGUGGCUGCUUUGGAAUUUUGAAUGUGACCUUGGUAAGGCGUCUGCGAGAAAAUUUAUAUACAGCCAUUCUUUUUCAGGACAUAUCCUAUUUCGAUAAAGAAAAAGUUGGUGCCUUGACAAGCAGACUUGCAGCAGAUUGUCAACGACUAUCUCACGUUAUAGGAAAUGAUCUUCAGUUGAUAUUACGCAACACUUUGCAGGGAACAGGAGCAAUAAUUAAUUUGCUGGCUUUAUCUUGGCCUCUGGCAUUAUCUGCAUUGGUGAUUUGUUCUAUGUUAUCUACAAUAUUCCUGAUUUAUGGCCGGUACCAAAGAAAAGCAGCAAAGUUAACCCAAGAUUUCACAGCCUGUGCCAAUGACGUAGCUCAGGAAACACUUACUUUGAUAAGAAUUGUCAGAGUGUAUGGAACAGCAAAACAAGAAUUUGAAAGGUACAAGCAAUGGCUACAGAGAUUAGCAUUAAUAAGUGGUCGAGAGAGUGUGGCUUAUGGGCUCUGGAACCUGAGCUUUAACUCCCUUUACCGUUCAACUCAGGUAUUUGCGGUGCUGUUAGGAGGGAUGUCUCUUCUCAAUUGUGGUGUAACUGUUGAGCAACUUACUAAGUAUGUAUUAUACUGUGAGUGGUUGAUUUAUGCUACUUGGAGGGUGACAAACAGCUUAUCAUCAUUACUGCAGUCCAUUGGAGCAUCUGAGAAAGUUUUCCAACUGAUGAAUCUUUUGCCCAGUGACCAAUUCUUAGCCAAAGGAGUUAAGUUACAGAGGUUUGCAGGGCAUGUUCAGUUUGUAAAUGUAUCAUUUUAUUAUCCUGCAAGGAUUAUGAUGCCUGUUCUAGAAUGCUUAAACUUCUCUGUAGAAGCAAAUCAAGUUGUUGCCAUUGUUGGUCUGAGUGGUAGUGGAAAGAGCACAUUGGUCAACCUUUUACUGCGUCUCUAUGAGCCUAGUAGUGGUCAGAUAUACAUUGAUGGAUUCCCUCUUAAAGAGCUGGAUAUCAGAUGGCUGAGGCAGAACAUUGGAUUUGUGGCACAGGAACCCCAUCUAUUUCACAUGGACAUCAAGUCAAACAUAAAAUAUGGCUGCCCUGGGAACAUAAAGCAAGAAGAUAUUGAACGGGCAGCAAAACAGGCGUGUGUCCAUGACUUUAUUUCUUCACUUCCUAAUGGCUAUGAAACCCUUGUUGAUGACAAUGCACUAAGUGGGGGACAAAAGCAGCGAAUUGCUAUUGCCAGGGCCGUUCUUAGGGAUCCAGUUAUUAUGAUACUUGAUGAAGCAACCAGUGCCCUAGAUUCUGAGAGUGAGCAUUAUAUCAAGGAUGUGUUGUAUUCGUUAAAAGAUGAAUCUAAAUCAAGAACCAUCUUUAUCAUAGCACAUAGGCUUUCUACUAUAAAAGCUGCUGACAAGAUAUUGGUUAUGGAUGAUGGCCGCAUCGUUGAGAUGGGAAACCAUGAGGAGCUUUUGCUCAAUGAUGGGCUCUAUGCAAAGUUAAAUAAAAUUCAAGAUGAUAAUUUGACUUGAUUCAAGGGAGGGUAGCUACUAUGCCAGAUAAUUUGGCCAAAAUAGGUGCUGGCUUAGAUUGGUGACCAGGAUGUGCAUACGGAAGAGUUUUAGGGCUUGUUGAUUUAGUUGUUUCUAUGCUUGGUUUUUUAGCUUUAUGUUGUAGUACUGUUGAAUCACUCAUUAGGAGUUGUUUAUCUUCAAUGUAAGUGCCGUUAGGCUGCCUUCAAGGUUUUAAUGACCGAAAGAAAAAGGUGCUGCCUCUGA